CAACUCAACCAAACCAAGACGCGUAACAUAAGAACAGCAUUCUUCGUGAAACAACUUUGUUAGGGUUUUGAAACAAAACAUCAUCGUAUCUUCCGAGAAACAAAGACAGAGAGAGUAAUGGAAGUCAUAACUGAAGGAGUAAACAACAUCAACAUUAAUAACUCCGAAUCUUACAAGAAGAAUCGCAUUCAAGUUUCUAACACCAAAAAACCCCUCUUUUUCUAUGUUAAUCUCGCCAAGAGAUACAUGCAACAGCAUAACGAGGUGGAACUCUCAGCACUAGGAAUGGCUAUUGCUACUGUUGUAACUGUUGCUGAGAUUUUGAAAAAUAACGGGCUUGCAGUCGAAAAGAAAAUCAUGACAUCAACUGUUGAUAUAAAGGAUGAUUCUAGAGGUAGACCUGUGCAAAAGGCCAAGAUCGAAAUAGUACUUGGAAAGACAGAAAAUUUUGAUGAGCUGAUGGCAGCUGCGGCUGCUGAAGAUGGUGAAAAUGGAGAUGCGGAAGAACAGAAUGCUUAAAAUUUAUGAAAAAACUACAUCUGAAUCGUUUGAAGAUAUGUAAUCUUUAAUGAUUUGCAUUUUUGUUGUUGCGAUGUAGAAGACAUUUCAUAUUAUAAACCGACCUGUAAUAUUGAACUAUAAAAUUCCCUUGCUUCUUUUAAGUAUAAAGUAGGCUUUAAUUUAUUGUUUUCUUCAUUGAGAAAGGAAGAAAGUCGUGAGAUUU